AUGCCCUUACGCAUUCUACUUUUAGUUAGGAAUCGUUUGAGACAAGUCUGGUACCAAUUCAUCGACACCGGAAAGACGAAAAACUUGGUUGACCGUUUUUUACGGCAAUUAGGAAGGAAUGGACGGAAUCACCCUUCUCUCCAUAAUCUACGAUCCCGUGUACUCCACCUGAAAUCCGUACCACAGCAGAUCAAUGUAAUUAUUUGGAACCUCUGGUGGAAUGAGGACGCGACUGACUUCGCCUGUGAUCAGGCGGCAUCAGCUCUCAUCCGACGUACAUCAGCUGUAGUAUACUACUUUUAA